AUUGAAAUUCAUCAAGUGAACCAAGCAGAGAUUCAGAAGUGAGACGUCCUAUUAGGAUUGGAUUUUGCCGACUGUCUUCUUACUUUGAUUGCUCCCAAUGGACCUACAGUCGUGCUAUGGCAUUGUGUGUAUAAUCUGAGUGGAGAACAGCAUUCUGAUUCGCUCCGUUUUACGACGACGCCCACUUUAUAGUAAUUAUACCCCGGUUUACGUUUACAACUUUACUUCCUGUAUCCACCGAUGACAACAGUGAAGGCAGCAGAUAAAAACGUAUGCGGACUGAUGUGGUUUACACUACGAAACCGCAGGGUUUUGAGAUUACAGUUGUCUCUUUGGUAGAUUGAUUUUUUCUUUAAUAAUUAUUCAAUCAGCAAGUUCCAGCAACAAUCAUGGCACAGUCACUUGACGUCUGUAAGAGAGAAUCGGGGAAGAUCUGGCAUCGCAAACCUGCCCCCUCCAGCGACGAUGGGCUUGUAGUGAGCAUCAAGCACACGUUGGGGACUGCAGUGUCUCCACACGUGCGAACUGUCCGCUUCCUGCAUACCGCAUUCGACUCUACGGGGAACAGUUUCAUCGCUGGUGAUCAUCAGGGCAACAUCUACAUGUUUGAUGUGGCCAAAAACAGGUUCUCCCUGGUCCACAGGAUCGGACAGGCGUGCACGGCUCUAGCGUUCGGCCUCCGCAGGAAAACGGAAUUCCUUGCUGCCCUGGCAGACUACACGCUCAGAUGUUACGAUACAGAUUCCAGAGAGCUGAUAGCACAGAUGAAAGGCCACGACGCUGGCGUGCACACCAUUUCUCUCCAUGCCUCCGGGCGUUACGCAAUCUCCUCGUCGAGCGAUACGGCACAGCUCUGGGACCUGGACACCUUCCAGAGGAGACGGAAGCUGAAUAUUAAACAGUCGGUCGGAAUUGUGAAGGUGUUCUUUGUACCCCUGAGUAACACCAUCCUGACGUGCUUCAAGGAUGACUCCAUAUUCGGCUGGGAGAGCGACACCCUUCAGUGCAGAUUCCAGCUCCCAGUCCCAGAAGGCAAAAGCCCUCAGUACAAGGCCUUUGCCUGCCCCCGUGAUGGGCGGCUUCUAGCGGCUGGGGGGAAGUCCAACUUUCUCCAUCUGUGGGCGCUGGACAGCAGGCAACUGCUGAGGAUCGUACAGAUGCCACCCAAGGUGCGGGUGGUGCGACAACUCGAGUUCCUUCCAGACAACUUUGAUGGUGGAUCAAGUCAGACUCUUGGUGUUUUAAGUCAAGAUGGCAUCAUGAGGUUCAUCAACAUCCACUCCUGCAAGCUGCUGUUUGACGUUGGUAGCCAUGACAACCGCAUCACCAAUGCCCUGAUAGGUGCAGAUGGCAGGCAUGUGGUGUGUACCAUGGAGGAUGGGUCCAUCAAUGUGUACAGUGUGCAGGCACUGACGUCAGAACUCAACAAGCCUCCACCGCCGCUUUUGAAAGUGGUGUCCUCUGACAAGGAGAGAGAAAAGUCCAUCGUUUCCAGAGUGAGUGAUGUACCCAGCAUCGCGAGACCCAAAUCUGCUGCGGGGGGUAAAGGUGUGCGACCCUACAGCAGGACGGCCACGCGUGUGCCGAGGAGGGUCAGAGGUCAGCAGCCUCCAGACAGAACAGACACCGCUGUGGAGACUGACCUAUCGGAUGGGCUGCACAGGGGAAGACUGCUCUCCAUACUUAAAGGAUUUGGAGAAUACCCAGCCAAAUACAGAAUGUUUAUCUGGAGAUCCCUGCUGAAGCUACCAGAGAACCAUGCAGCGUACAGCGCACUACUGGACAAGGGUGUCCAUAGUUCAUACGUACGGCUCCAUGAACAGUACCCUAUCAAGAGUCAGAAGCUGCUCAGGGUGCUGCAAAGGACACUGUCAGCUCUAGCCCACUGGUCCCCCAUAUUUGGAGAGACAGACUACCUUGCCCUGCUGGCCUUCCCAUUUGUCAAGUUGUUUCAGAACAAUCAGAUGGUCUGCUUUGAAGCUAUAGCAACAAUUCUUGUGAACUGGUGCCAGCAGUGGUUUGAGUAUUUCCCCAACCCUCCCAUCAAUGUGCUGAACCUGGUGGAGAACCUGCUGGCUUAUCACGACAAGCACCUUCUGCAGCACCUCAUCACUUAUAACAUCACUGCACAGACAUAUGCAUGGCCGCUGCUGGAAACCCUGUUCUCAGAAGUGCUAACCAAAGACGAGUGGCUGAAACUGUUUGACAACGUCUUCUCCAACCAUCCAUCCUUCCUGAUCCUGUGUGUGGCCGCCUACGCCAUCUCAGCACGGGGACCACUCACUAAAUGCACUGAUGUCAGUGACUUUGAGUACUUCUUCCACCAUCGGAAUGCCAUAGACAUUGGAGCGGUGAUUCGGGAAGCGUACCGUCUCCAGGACACGACCCCCGAAGACAUCCAUCCCCGCCGCGUGAUGGAAGAAUUUCAACCCCUGACCCGGGGACAGUACCCAAUCUUCAACAAAUAUCCCACAUUCAUAGUGGACUAUCAGGUUAAGGAGAGGGAGAGAAUCAGAGAGGAGGAGCUUCAAUAUCUGCAGGAAAGACAAGUGACAGAGGAGUUGAAGAGAGAGACAGAGAGAAAGAGACACCAGGAGGAGGCGUGGUACAGACAGCAGGAGCUGCUGGAGGAGGCUGAGGAGACCAGGAGGAGAGUCAUUGCAGACGAGGAGCAGAAACUUACCGACCAGCGUGUCAGGCUUGCUGCCAUGAGGAGAGAACUGCGGGUGAAGGAGCUGCAGUUACUAGAUGCCGCUAGGCGGCGCUUCAUGGAGCACCAACAUAGACAGAAGGAGACGGAGCUGAAGAGACUGGAUGAUGAGAUUGAGAGAAAGGUGCGACUAAGGGAGCAGGAGACACAUGCAGCCAUAGAUGAUGUGGAAGUGAAGAACAUGGAGCUGCAUGCACAGAGGGGGCUGUUCGAGCAGGAGCUGGCUCGUGAUGAGGUGGCAGCAUCGUUCCUACGGCGUGCCGACAUGGACGCGCACAAGAGACAACAGGACCUGGAGGACAGGAUACAGCAGAGGAUAGGGGUACUGGAGAGGGAGAGGGAGCAGAUCAUCAGGAGGGAGGUUGAGCGUGGUCUGGCCCGUGCUGAGCAGCAGAAUGUGGACACACAGAUGGACCUGAGGGUGGAGCAGAGACAACAGCUGGACGACUUGGACAGGGAGAUCAGGAUGUUACAGCUUGCAAAAAUGAAUGCAGCCAACAGACAGGUGGAAGAAGAGGUACACCAACUUAUGAAGGAGCUAGAGAAUAAGCAGCUUCAGGAAGACGCAGCAGGGAGGGCAAGUCUUCAGAAUCAGCGGAAAAUAGCACUGGAGGCUGAGCAGAGGAGGAUGGGUCUACUGAGGGAAGAGCAAGGGGAGGAGCAGCAGUUGACAGAACAGCUCAGACAGGAUGAGUCCUUUGAGAGGUUACGAGACUUGAGGGACAAGGGAAGGCCUGAUGGGGGGAAGACAACAGAGAACAAGUGUCUGAACAACUCAGGGUCUGGAUCAGAAGCAUCUUCACAGUUUUCCUUGGACCGUGGUCGUCAGACAUUUGAGAGAAGGGAGCAGGAACUGAUGAAGGAGGUGAGGGACAUGAGGAAGAAGCUGGCUGAGAAGACACGACAGACACAGCCUCCUCCAAGCUUUAACGUGGAUGAUAAUGAUGAUGAUGACCUCAGUGGGGGAAGCCUCUAGACCAGGCACAUUGACAGGAUUUUUCUUCAGAAUAAACCUUUGGGAUUAUACAUAGCCUCAGAAAAAUUAAGAUGAGUCAGGAGUUGGAUGGUUUGCAAACAAAAUGUUGUUUUUUUAUCACACCAUGUUCAUGAGAUGGAAAAACAGUUUUCCAAUGUACAUCGAUGAAGGUUAGACAUCCAGGUACUAAUGAGAUAUGCCAUAAAGCAGUUACUCAAGCAACUGGAUAUGAUUUUGGAAACGGUCACAGACAGUUCAGUUCAGUCAUCCGUUCGGUGACACUAUAAAGUUCCUCCAGGCGGCUCUGUCACGCAUGAGACAGGAGGUCUUCGUCAGACAGACAUUUCAGAUACCAUCCACUAUCUUUCGUUAGUGACACUGAAGAGAUCUGGGAGAAACUGGUCUUUUAUACCCUAACUCGUCUUCUGGACUGGACUCUUUUGCAUUCAUAUUUAGGGUAUAAAAGACAAGUUUCUCCCAGAUCUCUUCAGUGUCACUGACGAAAGAUAGUGGAUGCUAUCUGAAUUGUCUGACCGAUUCCAAAAUCAUAUCCAGUUGCUUGAGUAACUGCUUUUUAGAGUUUUCCAAUGUUUUGUUUGAUCUGACCAUGUACGUGAGAUGGAAGGAGACCAUUUUUCAAAACAAUCUGACUGCUUGCAACUGCCAUUUAUUAUAGAUUUGAAUGUUUGCAACUGUGCUCACUCGGUAAACUUAAUGUAAGAAACAUUGUUCAGUUGUUACAAGCAUAUCUCAUUUAGAUUUUCUGCAUUUUGGAUCUUUUGCAAUGAGCCUUGUUCAGCUCCCUAAGUUCAAAUUGUAAAUAUAGUUUAUUUUCCUACAAGAUACAAAAUGUAGGUAAAAAAAAUUUAUUCGCUGUUAGUGAAACAAGUAAAAAUUUAUUUGUAAGAACUGGACUUGAGAUUGUUUUGCUUUUGCUGUGUUUAGGAAGUUGAAGUGUGCAGAUAAAAAAAGCUAGAACAGAGAACCAAGUAACAUUGCAUAUUAAGGACAUUAGUAUCAGUAUGGUUUGAUCUUUUACACUAAUUUGUAAUGUUAUGUACAAACACUUGAAGUACAAUUUGACAGAGAGAAUGUCUCUUACCAGUAUCUAUCUCUAUGUAUAUUGCAAAAUGAAACUGAUUUUUAAUGAAUAUUCUGUAGAUACACAGUCUAUUGUAACAAUAUGAACCAUAUUGGUGUAAUUGUUACUUUUGUUAACUUUUUUUGAGUGAAAUAAAUUUUACACAGUUUUCA